CGGGGUGAGGGGCGGAAGGCUGUGCGCAGGCCUCUGCCCUUCCCUUUCUGCCGCCGCCGCCAUCCCGGGCGCUCCCCGCACUCCCCGCUCCGCUCCCGCUUCCCAUCAAGAUGCGUUACGUCGCAGCUUACCUGCUGGCGGUGCUCGGGGGCAACGAGUCCCCCAGCUCGAAGGAUUUGAAGAAGAUCCUGGACAGCGUGGGCAUCGAGACGGACGAUGAACGCAUGAACAAGGUUAUUAGUGAGCUGAAUGGAAAAAACAUUGAGGAUGUCAUUGCUCAGGGUAAUGGAAAACUUGCCAGCAUGCCAGCUGGGGGAGCUGUGGCUGUCUCUGCAGGAGGAGGCUCUGCUGCCCCUGCUGCUGCUGCUGCCCCUGCUGCAGCUGAGGAGAAGAAAGAAGAGAAGAAGGAGGAGUCUGAAGAAUCUGAUGAUGACAUGGGAUUUGGCCUGUUUGAUUAACUAUCUAUUUUAGAUAAAUCAUUAAAAGUCUUUGUUUUAAAUGUU